ACAGAUCACCCCAGGUUCCCAACAGCGAUUCCGAUUCAAGGCCCUUCUAACUUCCUUUCCUAGAUUAAUCUGUUCGCAGAAACUUUUUGGUUUUCACGCUGAUAAGAGCGUUGGGUCUCGGAUUUCCAAUGUGCUUGCGCAGAAGGGAGGUUCUUACUUAGGGUCUCUGCUGCGGGAAGUUUUUUGUUUUUGCCCUCACUCUCACUCUGAUGAGAAAACCCUAGAGUCCUCAAAGGACAAUUAGUGAUUUCUUUACCCCCUUCUAAUAUCAAAGAUCAGAGCUCUAAUUUUCUCGCACUUCCAUACGGUGAUCCUUUGGAGUCUUGAAUUGAGUAUCCAAACACUGAAGAUUGGGUUUUAAGAAAGGAGUUUUUGCAACGCUAGUUAAUUGAGCCUUUGCAUGUGAGAUGUAUAAUCAAGUGAAUCGCGGUCCUCACAUGCAGCCAGCUUAUCAACAACGCCACCAAGCUCCGCCUCCCCCCUUUCACUUCCAGCAAGGUUCUCCAGCACCCCCAGGUCAACAUUUACCUGCUGCCGUCCCACCUCACGUUGGGCUGUCUGCUCCUCAUAUCUAUACGCAUGGGCCUCCAGCUUCAUCGUCUACAGUUCCUCUUAAUUCUUCUGUGCAAGUUUCAUCUAGUUUGGUCCAAAAUAAUGGUCAGUCUUACGUUGCUCCUCGCCCUUUGUUGCAUGGGAACAGCUUGAUGCCUCAAACUUUCUCUAGUUUUGGCCAGAAUUCACAGCAUUCUUCGAAUUUGGGGGUUCACGCUCAUCAUAUUCGCCCAUCAGUUCCACCUCCUCUUUCCAACCCUCGCCAUGAAACAUCUUGGACCCCGGGGCCAUCAUCUAGAAUUUUACCUCCACCCCCUCCUCCGCCUCCCUCGUCUCAUUCACAUGCACAGCCAAUGUAUCGACAUUCUGUUCCACCAUGCCCCCCACCGCCAGGUGAUGUACAGAGCCUUCGGCAUAUUCCCCCACCCCCACCAGCCCCUUCUACUUCUGGUUUUCAUGCUUCUACUCCAGAUGAAGUUUAUCUUCAUUCAUCUGUUGGGAACGACCAAGUAGUUUCCUGUAGUCGCCCACCACUGCCAUCUUGUCCACCCCCUAUUCUGCCAUCUCCGCCACCUUCUAACUCUCCUAUGACUUCUGCAUCUAACCGGGAUGUUUCUAACUUGCCGUAUGACCUGCAUUCUGAUCGUAAGUCUAGUAAGUUUCAUAUUUCUGAAUUGAAAGCCAUAGAUUCUGUUGAUGAGGUGGUAGCUUCUGAUCUGUUGGGAUCUGCUCCUUUUCCUAAGGAGAGUGGAAGUAGUAAAGAGGCAGCUAUUCCUGAUAGAGAUGGGCUGUCAUCAACUACAAAUGCAAUUUCAGAUCUUCCUUCACCUCCUUGUCGUCCAACAGAAGAUACAGUUGUUGAAAAGAUUGAAGCUUUAUGUCGGCUUAUUGUACAGAAUGGUCCUGCUGUUGAAGAUAAGACUCGCCAUGACGAAGGUGAGAAUCCUGAGUAUGCAUUUCUGUUUGGAGGUGAUUCAGGAACUGAAGCAGAUAUUUCCCACAAAUAUUUUCUAUGGAUGAAGAGGAAGUUUAUUCUGGAAUAUAGAUGGCAUGCCAAGAAAAGUGAAUCAUUGUCAAGGCCUUCAAGGCACCAUGAUCAUCUGAAUGUUGUAGCUGAAUGCAAUUCAGCUGCAGACUCUGACAUGGAGAUGGAAGAUGAUAUCACUCUUUCUGACAAGGACCAGGGCCUGAACAAUACAGCUGAAGUUCUGAACCAGCAACAUGAUGAAGUUCUAAACCAGCAGCAUGAUGAAGUCAUUGAAUUUGAUGGUAAGAACCAGACACAGCAGCUGCAGAAUUCCGUAGAAAACAACCCUCCCGGUGAUGUCACCUGCUCUGGACCCUUAAGAACCGGCAACUCAUAUGAAGUACUGGAGCAUUUAUUUGAAUCGGAGCAGAUGAACACUGCAAAAUCAGCUACCGAGUUUCUUUGCACAAUGGGUGAUUCUGUAGAAGUGGUUAAAUUUCCUGAAGGCAAAGGUGCAGCUCCUCAGGCAGAUGAUCUUACAGAACAUGGCGCUUCUGAUCCUGCUAUAGCUAAUCGUGAUAGAGAUUCUGGACAACUAUUAAGAAGUGGUAGUCCAAUGAAACUUCUUCAAGAUUAUGCUUCAGAUGACACUGCAGGUAAUGAAGAUGAAGCGUGCCUUGCAGAUGCUAGCACUUUGACAGUCUCAACCGUUUCUGCCACUAGCUCAUCUGUUGCCCAUAAAGAUCUUGGGAGUUAUUUGAAGACAGAUGUUGGAUCCAAAAUUUUCUCUGCUACUCAAAAGGGAUGUGAGCUGCUUUCCAAUACAUCUUUGAAUGAAUCAAAAAUGUCUUUACAUCCAGUGCAAGAGAAUGAUGUUACCCACACAGCCAUUGCAAGUGGGACUAAUGAUGUAUGUACUGGACAUAACCUUGAAAACCAGGCUUCUGUAAAUUUUGCUGCAUCUAUUGAACCUUCCAAGGGAAGAGAUGUCUUGAGUAGUGCCGGCAUCAACACUAGUAGCAAGAGUGGUAAUGCUGAGCAAGGUGAUAAAAAGACAUCAAAGCUUGAAUUGAAUCCUUUAAAAGUGGAUGAAUUUGGAAGAGUUGCCAGGGAAGAUCCUACAGACAGUGACUCUGAUGAUUCUCGAAAUCAUUGGACUAGGAGGCGGAAUAAAAGAGACAGAAGUUGGAGUCGCAGCCGUUCUCCUGUAGAAAGGAGUGGGAGGAGGAGGAAGAGGAGUCCCUGGAGAAGAAAAGAUAGGAGAAGCCGGUCUCGCAGCUGGUCCCCUCAGAAUAGAAUGAGCAGGAGCAGGAGCAGGUCUCCAAUCUUGAGACGAUCAGGUGAGUUCAGUUGUGAGAAUAAGAAAAGAGGCAAGGGAAAAUGUUUUGAUUUUCUUCGAGGAAAGUGCUACCGGGGAGCAUCUUGUCGUUAUUUACACCAUGAACCUGACAAAAAUGCUAGUUCAAGGCGGCAUAGGAAUAAACGUGAUCUAGAAGUCUCUUCUUCAAAAACUUCUAGGGGUCAUGAAGCCAAGAAAAGCAUGUCCGCGAAAGUGUCUGAUGACGAGUGUGAAAGAGUGAGAACUAAGGAUGUGCUACUUUGUCAGAAAGUAAGUGGUUCUUCUACUGGCCAGGAAGUAGAACAGAGAAAGGAAGACUCUGUUAAGAAUGCUAUUGUGUCAACUGUGUCAGAUCAUGAUAGUCAACCAGUCAAUGCUGCUUCAACCCUAUGCGAAAGUUCCAGAGAAGUUGCCCCUGAAGUGAGAGAAACCUUAGCAGCUGCAGAGGAGCUGAAAACUUUCAUCUAUGAUAAUGAGGCCUCUUCAAGCCAGCAACUCUUGGUUGGUGGUUUUCCAUCCAACUCUAUUAGUAAUGGUAAUGCCUUGAAACUCUCUGAUGGUGCAUGUCAGGAUGUUUUCCCCUCAGUAAAUGGUUCAUCUGUUCAGCUAUUGCAACCAAAUGUUUCUAUGGGAAUGCCGGAACAUUCUGAUCGCCCAUCACAGAUUGCAAAUAAUUCCAUUGUGCCCAAUUUAUUUCUUGAUGGUAACACAUUGACAGCCUUUUCCGGUGAGAUCUCUAAUGUUAAGCCUUUACCGUGUAUGUUACCAUCAACUCAGCUACAGUCUGCUUCAAGUUCGAUCAGUCAACAUCUUUCAUCAGAGCGGUCUCCACUGAGAUCUCAGGCUUCUAAAGAAAAAGAUUUGCCUGCACAGAUUUCUGUGGGUUUUCCGCAUUAUCCUUACCAAUUGCCUCUACCACCUGCUAUUUCACAUUCUUACAGUGGAAAUUCUGUCCAACCACAAAUGUCCCAGGGUUAUGGCGCAAUGCAGCAAAAUACACCUUUUCCUUACCAAUCCACCAGAAGAGAGCCUUGCCCCGGAAUCUUGCAUGCUCCAAAUCCUCACUUUUGUGUACCACCUAAUAACUCAUGGACGUCUUUACCGCCUCCGCCGCCGCCGCAAUUUGCAUAUAGUUCCAGUUUGAAUUCGGGGGCUCCAACCUCUCAUGUUUCUUCUGAGUCUAAUGAAAAUAAAUUGCAUCUGAGGACUGACUUUGUUUCUCAGACUUCUGUGAGGACUGGGCAGCCUUCUCACAUUCAGGGUGCUCAGUCUCAGGAUCAAGCUUUCCCUACAGUGCAGGAGCAUUCUCGACCUCUCACACAUGUGGAAACUUUCUCUUCAAGGCCUCUGUCUCAGGGAAACUUAGUCAGUCAAUCACACUCGGACCUUAAAAUUAGUAAAGAAGACCACUAUAAGCAACUUCCGAUGCAUGAUUCAAAAGGUUUAAGCUCCCCAUCUUUUGCCAGCCUGCAAUCACAAUCCAAGCCCUUCUCAUGGGAGGCAGGCGUCAACAGACUGCAGACUUCAAGUUACAAGUUGCCUGCAGAAGAGCAUUUUAAGUCAGCUACCUUUAUUCAUCCGUCGUUGCAGAAGCAACAGACAGUUUAUGGUUCUCAUUAUUCUGCAUCUGAUGGUAAUUUGGGUGUGCAUGGGGAGACUGUAACUGCAUCCAGAUAUCCACCAGAUGUUUUGGAUAGUAAUCAUUCAGCUUCUCUUCCGGACCUUGGGGGAUCAAGAAUUUCUGCUCACUAUAAUCCCUAUGCAUCUACCUUUGAACAGCCACUCAGUUCCAAAUUCAGUUCAAGUAUCUUUAAACAGGAAAAGGACAUGAUCCAUGUUAAUAAUUAUGGCUCUUCUUCUAGUGUGCACCGGACUUCAGUAAAUGGGCAAGGUUUCUUUGGCACUGGAGCGAGAGAAACAGCUUCUUCUCCUGAUUCUGCUAGAGGUACUGGACAGAUUUUACCAAGGUCUGGUAGUGACCAAUAUGAUCCACUUUUUGACAGCAUAGAACCAUCAUCCGCUUCUCUCAGGAAAUUUCAUCUUGAUCAAAAACAGGAAGUUACUGGUGAAUCUAACGUCAGUCUUAGACCCAAAAGUUCUUUAAAGUCAUUGGAUGUGGAAGAGAACGAGCAAUGGGAAGUUGGUGCUACUGCCUCUACCUCAUCUCAGAAUAAUGAUGAAUAUGGUGAGACAGCAGAUGCAGAAGUAGGUGCUGUGGAAAAUGAGAGCCUAAGUAAUCCUGCGGAUGGUGCAAAGAUGGCCACAGGUGAGAUUGAGAUUGAUCAAGUUAAAUCUCCCAGUAAAAGAAAGAAGAGCAAGGAUUCCAGAUCGAUGAAACUAUUUAAAGUUUCCAUUGCAAACUUUGUGAAAGAGGUUUUGAAGCCUUCUUGGAGGCAGGGUAAUAUGAGUAAGGUGGCUUUUAAAACCAUUGUGAAAAAGACUGUAGAUAAGGUGUCAGGGGCCAUGAAGGGUCACCGUGUGCCCAAGUCUCAGGCAAAGAUAAAUCAAUACAUUGACUCCUCACAGCGAAAGUUGACUAAACUUGUGAUGGGCUAUGUUGAUAAGUAUGUGAAGGUGUGAAACUUGGAAGUCAUGCCCUGAUGUUUCUUCAUCUUCCAUCGUCACUCAUGCCACAUACUCAAUCUCCUAACGGCCACUUAUCAGGUAGAAGUGGAAUUUCAAUAGGAAUGUUUUGGUGCUUCUUGGAAAUUUGUUUUGCCUAAUUUAAUGCUUACAAGAAGACGAGUGUGUGGGGCAAUGGUUAAUCAGCAAUCCAGGUCGCUGCAGGAUCAAGCAUCGACUAAUUUGUAUGUAAUGCAUUUUGUUUUGUUAUACAGUGAUUGCUGUGAGUUGCUUCUAAUCUAUAGCUACCGUUUCAUAUUUAGUAUAGUAGUGUUCGUGGAGAGUUCAUCCA